AGGGCAAUCACAAAACCCUGGCAAUGGCAGCGGUCGUGUACAGGUCAUUUAUAAAAUUGUAACGACGGAAUUGACUGCGGUCUUUGCGCCCACAGGAGCACAAAACACUCAAGUAAAAAGGCAUCACCUCAGUGCCCAGCUCAUUCACUUCCAGUGUCCAACUACUAUCAUAGUGCCUCAACGUAUUAUGAUAUGGGAUGCCGCCUGACGAGAACGGAGUCGACCGAAUUGUGCGAGCAGGCCACGAAGGACGACGAGAAACAAAGAAACGUUUCGAAUGGACAGCCGAAAGUGACCAGAAAGGACACGCCGGUGGUAGGAAACGAACCGCUCAGAAACGGCUAUUCACCGAACAGCAGUUUGACGGCGAAACCGAUUGGAGAAGUCGAGAGCGCGAGUCAAGCGGAUUUCUUCCGAAUGUUGGAUGCUAAAAUAGCGCAUGGUGCCGAUCCUGACUCGGAAAAUGAAGCAUAGCGCGUCCAUCCGUGUACAUCCUGACAGCGCCGCCAAAAUUUCUAUGAACAAAGAACGUUCCAAAUCUUAUACAGCAUAUCAUAGUUCAUUAUUUGUGUAUUAUUCACUCAUUCUAUCAACGCUCCACUUGCCGUACUCUAAUGUUCGUGUAAAGAAAAACGUUGUCCAGAGACAUAUUCAUGCUUCGGUUUUGAUUUAUUCUACCGUUUGAGAACUUGUUCUCUCUCUCUUAUUCUCGUCUGGCGACAUUCGUAUUUUCUUCUUCUUCCAACGGGUGUGUAUGCCUCUUUGAUGCGUAUUAUUUUCUUUUGGUUAGGUCGUCGUUAGAACACCAUUC